ACAGAGUGAAACCACGGCACCUCGACUUUAUCUCCACACUGAAAACAAACCCAGUUGAGUGCGAAAUGUCCAUGGGUUCGUGUCGAUGUCGCACAGUUGAUGUGCACUAAACUAAUUCCGGGUCAGUAAUGAAGGAGACGACCUUGUCGCUGCCUUCCAGUCCCACUAGUCACAGUUCCCAAAGCACCGAUGUACACGAAUACCAGGUGGACAACGUCAGUACCUCAUCCUGUAGGGAUAGUGAUAGUGACGAUGAAAUCGAAGACGCACUUGUUGUGUCAAGUGAGGCCGGCCUACCGACGAUUGAAAGUGUUUCGGUAGUGAACUCAACAGACGUACACAUCGGGAAUAAAACUGUAUACCAGGGCCCUGUGACUAUAAAACAGAUAGUGUACCCCAACAGUGCCAUUUCAGCUGACUGUGUGAAUAAUUUACAGAAAUGUGAGAAUAAAGUUACAGUUAAAUCAAACGUGUUUCACACAUCUGAGGGAAUAGACAAUUAUUCGUUUGAGAAAGAUAGCUCUUCGCAAAAUAAAAACAAUACCGAUAAUGAUAGGAACAUAGUAGGGAAUAACGACGCUCAACAAACUUUGACUGGAAUUGGAAAAGGGUCCCUCUGGCUACGAAAUCUACCAAAGAAGCACGCGACAGGCAUAGUUAUAUUCUUCUGUACACUGAUAGUGAUAAUAAUAAUUGUUGUUGCUCUUAUAUACCUGAGACAACCGCUACCUCUGGUGAGUGACGGCUAUAAUCGUGAUACCGACGAACAAGAUAAUAACACGCCUCAAGAUUAUUUAUCAGAUUCCAAUUCAACGAUAAACGAGAGACUGCGAAUUAUUCCCCGACUGCAGUGGCUAGCACAACCGCCCACGCACGAAGCAGAUUUACUGAAAACGCCAGUUCCCUUAGUGAUAAUACAGCACACGGCCACUGAAAGUUGCAUCUCUCUAGCUCAAUGUGUUUACCAAGUACGCCAUAUACAGCAGUUCCACAUCGAAAGCAACCAGUGGUGGGAUAUAGGCUAUAACUUCCUGGUUGGCGGAGAUGGCGCUGCUUAUGAAGGGCGAGGAUGGAAAUACGAGGGCGCCCACACUUUCGGAUACAACUAUAAAAGCAUAGGUGUGGGGUUCGUGGGAACUUUUAAUUCCGAAAUACCUCCGAAGAAUCAAAUCGCCGCCUUUAAGAAACUAGUUGCUAAAGGUGUCGAGUUGGGGUAUAUCGAGAAGGACUAUAAGAUUUUAGGCGCGCGACAGCUAUACGGCACUGAAAGUCCUGGAGCUGUUUUUCAGAAAGAAAUAGAGACAUGGCCUCACUGGGUCAAGCAACCAUAGCCAUAUCACUAAAGACUGUUGAACUUAGUAAAUUUAAUUGUUUUGUAUAAAAUUGUAGUUACUUCCAGGAUGUUUACAAACUUGUAAAGGAUAUUUGAAGAGGUGCGAAAACUAUGUUUUGCAAAUAGAAUACAUCUAUAAGUUGUCUCAGGUUUUAAUCGAGAAAAUUUUAAAGCAGUGGCGCGCACAAAUUUUUCUUUAAAAUAUCUAGUUAGGAUGCCUUAGCGCCGCCCCUGUAUCCCGAAAAGGAAGCUUUAAAACAUAAAAGUUCAUAUGAACUCUCCUUUUUAUUUUUACGAAUUCCAUUGCCUAUUAAAUUUUCCCCCUUAAAACUUGACAUACCCCUGUAUAUUUUUCAUAUCUACCUACUGACUUACCACAUUGAUACCAUGAAAACUUUUUUGGACCAAUUAACUGCACCGAUAGCUCUCGCAGUUUCUAUUAGAGUUUCCAUACCGUACCACCAUGCCUAUGUAUUAAUUUAUAUUUCUGGGUCACUAUUAUAAGUUUAUUUGCACUUACUGACACACACACCACAUACAAACACAAAAAUAAAAGUUAAAAUAAGAAUUAAAAAUAAUAACUAGGUACUUCACUUAAGGCACAAAUAGCCAUCUCUUUCUACAGUUUACGAUUCUAUGAUUAUUCAAGGUUUAUUCCAGAGAUCCUCGAUAAGUUUUUAACAAUCUUGAUUACUAUUUAUUAAUCUUUACGUCGUCUUGCAGAUUCAACGAUAUUGAUUAUUGAAAAUGUUUAUUAUGAAUGCGUUCUACCUCUACCUGUCUUUAAAAAAUCCUUUCCAAGUUUGUAAACACCUUCUUCCUAUAAAGGUGUCCCGAAAAUAAGUUCAACCAUUCAUAAAUCAUAAAUAUACUCUUAAUUUUCAAAAUAUAGUGCUUUUCAAUUACCAGACUCUACAUGUAUUUAUUUACUUCAUAUAUAGGUAUCAAUGGUAUCAUUGAUUGUUUAAACUAACAUACAUAUUUCUUUAAUGGCUAUUUGAAAGGUCUACAAAUUGACAAUAUACAGGGUGACUCUUAUUUAAUUCGUCUGCCAAACAUUUACAGGAUAAAUGUUUUUCGGUCAAAAUUAACAAAGUUCUUUGAUCUAUUAACAAAGUCAUUUUAAAGAAUUGCAAACAGUUGAAGUACCAACCAACCAAAUUUGGCUAUUGAUGACUAUUUUAUACAGAACCAUAUUAUGAGUAUAGGUGGUGCGAAACUCACAUUUCAUGACUAUACCUUGAUGAGGAUUUUUUUGCCUCAGAAAAUACGUGCUACGGAUGAAAGAGCAAUAACUGAUGAUUAAGUUAGAUUAGGUCAGAUCGGGUUAGGUUAGAUUAGGUUAGUACUGUUGAUAAAUGUUGUAUUCAUUAGUUAAAAAUUUGUAGUGUACAUGUAAUACGAUAAAUAAUAUUCCUUUUCUCAUAA